AUGAAACCAUUCUUGCCGAUCAAUACAAAUGAUAACAUUCCCAGUGAUAAAAUAGAUUCAUAUAUUUCUUAUAUGGUAUAGAAUGUAAUUACAAUAUAGUCUUAAGUGUACAAUGUGUAAUAAUAUAUGCUGAUUCAGGCUUAAAAUUAGAUCAUGUAGGCUCAACUAUUGAAAUUGUAAAGUGGCACUAUAAACUAUAAUGCCAUUUUGCAACAAAAAAUAAUAAAAUUGUUAGAACAGAUUUUAUAAAAAGGAGUAUAGAUUUCUAUAAAGGACUUUAUUCCAUAAUCUAAAAUGCCUAUUUUGGCUAAAUAUAUAGCUAACAUAUUUAUAUAUCUAAUGAAAUAAUGUUCUUCAGAUUAAGAUGAGGUCACAUUGAAUUAUAUAAAGGACCCCAAUUCAAUUGUUAUUGAUUAAAAAUAAUGGGACUUAAUAUGUGAGAUAAUCAGUAAGAAAUUAGUUUGUCUUGGAGCUAAUGAUAUAUUUUGCACUAAUGGUAUUGAUUAUAAUUUUUAUAUAGAUUCUUAAAUUGGAAUAGUUAGUUAAUCAUUAUUAUUUAGCAGUAUCAUAAGGAAAGUCAUAUUCAAGAAAUUACAUGGAAAUACUCAAUAAAUAAGUUUUUAAACUUUGAAUGAUUUAUUGGGAUAAGAAAAUAGAUCAGAUGAAUUCUUAUACAAAUUCUUAUGUGAAGAGGAUAAGAAUACAAUGACUAAAUAAUCUUGUUAAAUAUCUUUAGAAAAGAUGUUCUAAAAAAGUAAUUAAUAUUUUUAUCAAUCAAAUCUAAUUGAGUAAAUUAUUGAGAAUUAAAAAUAAUUUACUAUAAAUGGAAAUUUUGAAUAUCAUGCUUAAAAGGUAUUAAAAAUGUUAUUAUUUAAUAUAGUAUUUGAACAUAAUCAAAAUAUAUUAGAAUUGUGAUUAAAAUAAAGUAAUUGAAUAAAUAGUUAAUGGAUUAUUCUUAAAUUAAUAGUAAAUAGAUAGUAAGUAAUUCAUAUUCAAUUCUAAUCGACUUGAAGAGAAACUCAAAAAAAUAUUAUUUAUGUUUGUGGAUUUAGUAAGAAUAGAGAAUUCCAUAAUUUAAAUAGUAUUGGAAAAUAAAAUGUAAAUUAAUUAUUAAUAAUUUAUAGAUCUGAAGAACCAUAGAAAAAUCCUCUUGAAUAUUAUGCUAAAUUGAUAGAAAGAAUAAAGAAUAAAUGUAGAAGUAAAGAGGAUGAAUUUUGUAAUUGUAAAAGGUGUUAAUGCAUUAAGAGAAAUAGAGAUAGUGCAAGAGAAGCAUAAAAAAGAAAGAGAGAAGCUUUGGAGAAAAUUGGACCACUUUAAGAGGAAUAUCAGAAAAUUAAUAAGAAAGUAAAAAUAUAAAAAAUAAUUUAGGUUAAAUUGUUAGAAUUUGACAAUUCAAAAUUGAAGGCAGCUUUAUUUGAAGCUUUAAGAAACCCAGUUAUAGAAAACAUUAUAAAAACAUAAUAUUAAAGUGAAUUUUCAAAUUUAACAAAUAUCAUGUAAUAAGAGUCUUAAGAUAGAUAAAAAGAGGAUUCUUAAUCAUAAUCUGAUAAUAAAUGA